CGGGUCCCUUGGAAAAAUGGUUGAAUCUCCAUUUUGUGAAGGCGAGUUCUUCCACUUCCAGCUUCAUUUUCAUUGUGAAUUGCUCUCUGCGUUUUUCGCCAUUCUUUCCCUUUCACUGUACCCAACUCCCACUAGGGUUCCCUCGGGUUUUUCCCUCUCCAAAUGUUCCUUUACUUGGAUUCCAUGCUACGCGUAGUUCUAUAGUUGCAAUUCACUUCCCGCGAAAUGGCCUCCGCCUUGCAGAUGACUCCUCAGUUAGAGCAGAUCCAUGGUGAAAUUCGCGACACUUUUCGAGCACUUUCAAAUGGGUUCCAAAAACUGGAUAAGAUCAAGGAUUCGAAUAGGCAAAGUAAGCAAUUGGAAGAGCUCACAGGAAAGAUGAGGGAAUGUAAAAGAUUAAUAAAAGAUUUUGACCGUGAAAUCAAGGAUGAAGAGACCAAAAGUUCACCGGAAGUGCAUAAGCAGCUCAAUGAUGAGAAGCAAUCAAUGAUCAAAGAGCUGAAUUCAUUUGUUGCAUUGAGGAAAACGUACAUGAAUAGUCUUGGUAAUAAAAGGGUUGAGUUAUUUGAUGAGGGAGGUGUAAGUCAACCUACAGCUGAUGAUAAUGUUCGGAUGGCCUCAUCAAUGACAAAUCAAGAGCUUAUAGACGCUGGGAAGAAGACAAUGGAUGAGACGGAUCAGGCUAUUGAACGCACUCAAAAGGUGGUUGAACAAACUAUUGAAGUGGGAACUCAAACUGCUGUUACAUUAAAAGGCCAAACUGAACAAAUGGGCCGCAUAGUAAAUGAGCUUGACACAAUUAAUUUUUCGAUUAAGAAAGCAUCCCAGCUUGUGAAAGAAAUUGGGAGACAGGUUGCUACGGAUAAGUGCAUCAUGCUGUUUCUAUUCCUCAUUGUCUGUGGAGUAAUAGCCAUUAUCGUAGUGAAGAUUGUGAACCCCAACAACAAAGACAUCAGGGAUAUUCCUGGACUGGCACCUCCAGCUCCUGCAAGGAGGCUUUUGUAUCUGAGGACGCCUGAACAUUUCGAGUAAAUUCUUAUUCUAGGAAGAUGUAUGCCUUCUUUGUUUGUGUUAUAUCUAUUUCGAGUGAAUUAUUGCUUAAAGAAGGCAUCGAGACAUGACACUGUGAGAAUUCAUCUGCUCUACUUGUAUGCAAUUCAAUCUAUUCUUGGCUGAGAUGUGCAUAUAGCUUGGUUGUGAUUUUGGUUUCAUUUCAAGACACUGGUCCUGUAAAUGUUUUACUUUAUGAGGUGAUUCAUGUCUUGCGGAAUU